CUUUGCACUGUGAGUCAUAGCCAUCUACGGUUAGCGGUUGCGAUUACGCUCCGAAAACUGCGAUUAGGCGCGGCGGUUCAAGUUCAUUACCAGCAACAGAGCCGUCGUCUCAGUAGGCGAUGAGGAGGACACCGCUAAUCAUGAAUUCCUGUUAAACAGGUUUUCGCGUCGCGGUGAUGGCGUCGACCGACCGAUCUUCAUCUGAAGUAAAUCGCCGAAAAAUGUCAGUCGAAGCUGCAUGAUUAACCCGCGAGGACGCAACUCGUGAUCAACGGCGAUCGUGUUGCAGACAGAUGGUAAACAACGGGAUUGUCCUAGUGUUGACGGCGGUGGUGGUGCUGCUUGCUGCUGGCGGAUGUUUAGCGCAAGAUGAUAAGUAUCAGUGUGGGAUUCCCCGAGUGAGAACACAGUUUCUGAUUGUCAGAGGCGAAGAUGCCCGACACGGCCACUGGCCUUGGCAUGUGGCACUUUGGGUCCGACAGAAGGACGGAACGGAGAAAUACGCCUGCGGUGGAACUUUGAUCAGUCAUAAAUUUGUCCUGACGGCGGCUCACUGUGUCCUGUCCGAGAAUCGUCAUCAGCUGCUGCGAAGUGCGAAGGACAUUACAAUCUGGGCGGGUGUGUUCAACAUACGAAACCCGGAACAGGACACCCGACAGGUCCGGUCGGUUGCUCGGAUUCAUAUCGAUGGUUAUACGAGGGACAAUUUACUGCAUGAUAUUGCCCUGUUGGAAUUGACGGAACCGGUGACGUAUUCUGCAUACGUUUUACCGGCUUGUUUGAACUCGAAACCAAAUCUACGGACGGAUAUCGGAUCGGUCGUGGGUUGGGGAGUUGCCGAUGACGAUAAGCCGUCACCGACUUUGAAGAAACUGUCCUUACCGGUGGUAGCCGAAUCGGAGUGUUUGAAAAGUGAUCCCCUAAUCUUUGGAGUUGCUCUGCAGAAGGAACUGUUUUGUGCUGGCUACGCCAACGGAUCGGCUCCGUGUAACGGAGAUAGCGGUGGUGGUCUGAUGCUUCAGCGAGGUGACGCCUGGUAUCUGGCAGGAAUUGUUUCUUUCACGAAAAUCCGUGGCAGUGGUUCCGACCUGUGCUUGGCCGAUUCGUACACGGCCUUCACCAAUGUCACUGCCUACUGGGAUUGGAUCGAGCGUGUUACCAACAUUGACUUCCGUGGGAAAUACAACGAGGAAAGAGACAUUCCCUGCACGACACCGAAGGGAGCCCCGGGAACUUGCGUUCCGCUUCAACAGUGUAUGAAUAUUUUCAACGUUAUUCGAGCUCCCUUGAUAGCUGAGGAGGAUGCCUAUCUGAUCAACCGUUCGGUUUGUACGAUCGCCGGUAUUCCACGGGCCGUCUGUUGCCGGAAAGAUCAAAUCGAGCCGGUUCCACUGCAUCCGAACGCCCUGUUACUUCCAAGUGACUGUGGUCGCUCAAAAGUUCGUACCUACCCAGGUCGGGGUCAAAGUACGUCGGUCUUCGAGUUCCCUUGGAUGGCCAUGGUGCGUUUCCAGAUGAAGAAGAACGGUGUGAUCCCAUUUUGUUUGGGAACUCUACUGAACACUCGCUACGUUCUAUCCGUGGCAGGUUGCAUGGCAAAACUGAAAACGGUUAAAGUAGAUCACGUCCGGUUGGGUGAACACACGGAAUCUACGGAUAUCGAUUGUAGUUUCGAUGCGCAAGGUCGACGAUUGUGUGCCGACUACGUGCUGGAUGUCAAGAUCGAGUCCAUCAUCGCACAUCCCCAGUUCGACGUUCCGAUGUACACGAAUGACCUCGCCAUCGUUCGUAUGGCCGUUGACAUCCAGUACACAGAUCACAUUCGUCCGGUUUGUCUACCAAUUAACUCACCGUAUCGGACCACGGUUCCCAAUGACCUACUGGUAACCGCCUGGGAUAUGGACAUAAUGGCGAAGAACAUCUACAAGGGUGAACUGCGGAGGUACCCGCACCGGAGGGUGGAUAUCGACACCUGCCAGAGAGGUCUUGAAUCCAUAGGAUUCGCACCGGCCCUCACCGAGGAUCGCAUGUGCCCUCUUCAGUUGGGACCGGAGUACAACUGUCAACGAAUGGCAGGUGCCCCGAUCGGAGCCUACGUGGACAUGGACGGCGAACGGUUCGUCCAGUUCGGGUUGUGGAAAUUUGCCCCACUCAACUGUACCGUCCGAGAGACGGUGCCCGGUUUGGCCAUGAACCUCAUCCGCUAUCUGGACUGGAUCUUGGACAACAUUAAACCAUCGGAUUCGAGUAUAAUUAAGAAUUCUUAACAAUAAGAUGUAAUUAGCAAUAUAUUAUAUUAAAAAUCUGA